UAUACAUAUAUAAAUUUAGAAUAUUAUUUAAUUGUUCUUCCUGAAUAUUUAUUUGACUUGUGAAUAUAAAUAAAUUUUAAAAUGAUUGCGAUUUUAAGUCUAUUGGAAUGAACUUCAGAGUGCAGCAUUUACUGUUUUGAUACGGAGAGUUUGUCAAUUGUUCAGUUUUGAAUUAAAAAUAUCUACGUGCAUAAAGAUGAUUUUAUCCACUUUGCAAUUUGCAACAGGAUCCUUAACAAAAAGUAUGAUUGUGUUUAAUAAAAAUUGUACGAUAUUACCGUAUUUGAAACACACUAAUUUUCGAGAUAUUCAUAUAACCUCAAAUAUAAUGAAACAAUUUCGAAUGGGAAAUCAGAAAAUAAGAGUUGAAGAAAAAAGAGAUAUAAUUAUGGAUGGAGAAGACACAGUCACUAUUUCUGACUCAGAUUCAAAGAAAUUAUUUCCUGAUGCUUCUACGCCAUAUCAAAUAUUUGAUGGCAAGGCAUAUAAUGAGUUAGAUAUUGUUAAUGUAAAGUCAACUCCGAACAACACAAUAAUGUCCCUUACUGAUUAUAUAGGAAAGGGAAUAAUGUUACAUUCGGCUGGAAUAGAAGGUUUCAAAAAUACAAGGAAGGGUACUAACAUUGCAGCACAACAAACCGCAAUUACAUUUGGAAGACGUAUGCUUGACAAUGGCUUCAGAACAGUGAGGUUGAGAAUACAGGGAAUUGGACCUGGCAGAAUGGGUGCUAUAAAAGGUUUUCAGCUAGCAGGAGUAAACGUUGUUUCUAUCACGGAUGAUACUAGAGUAUCAUACAAUCCUCCAAGACCAAGGAAACAAAGAAGAAUAUAAUUUAUAAAAUAUAUUAUAAUAUAUUGAAUAGAUAAAUUUACAUUAAAAUGUAAAAUUUUGUACAGAAUUAUGCGUUAAUCAUUUGAUUAAGAUACAAUA